AUGUAGGAUAGAGAAGCAAUCAAAAAUAAAAUACUAGCCUGCUUUAAGGAAAUUGAUGAACAAUAUGAAUCGUCAACAACAAAAAUCGAAAAUUCUAUUGAACAAAUGCCAGAAUUCUAACAGAGUGAUUAAGGGUUGGAUAAUACACCUAAGUUGUAAUAGCAAAGCUAACCUUAACCUACUUAACCUAAUGUUUCCUGCAUAACUAACGAACUUUCUAAAUUGUCAGGUGAUAUUGUAGAGGCUUUAAAGUUUAAGUAAUGA